AUGGCUUUAGGAUAUGUCCUUAGUUUGUUUAUAUAUCCUGGCAUAUCACCAAUACUACUGGGUCUAUUUUUGAUUCCAGCCAACAUUGGGCAAGGUAUAGGAUUUUCAAGCUCCUUCUUUUCGUUCAUUUUUUCUGCGUUUCCUCAAAAUUCACAUGCUCCAUCUACAUCAACGCUUUAUUUGAUUAGAAGCAUUGGUUCAUUGUUUGACGUAGGCGUAUUAUCAGCCAUCAUUCAAUCGACUCUUAGGAAAAGAGUAUUCACUGAAUUAUCAGAUUUUACUGAUCUCAAUGAAAACCAGAUUCGAGAGGUUCUUCUUUAUAUGAUUUACCAGAGGAUAUUCAGAAGAUUGUAUUAG